AUGUCAUCAACUAACGAUGGUAUUCUGUUUAUAACUGCUGGUUAUGAUCGAACAAUACGAUUUUGGCAUGCGGGUACUGCAGCAAUUUAUCGAACGAUAAUGCAUGAAGAUUCACCGACAAAUUGUUUAGCAAUCCAUCCACAAAAAACGUUAUUAGCCGCCGGAAGUCAUCAACAUAUAAAAAUGUAUGAUUUAUUAUCAAAUAAUCCCAAUCCAGUAAUGAAAUUAGAUCAAUUACAGAAGAAUAUAGUGACAUUAGGAUUUAGUGAUGAUAAACAUUUUAUGUUUUCAGGGGGUGAAGAUCAUUGUGUAAGAAUUUGGGAUAUGAGAGCGGCUAAAACAAAAGCUCAUCGACAGAUUACUGUUGGUGCUUCUGUUAAUUGUGUUACACUUCAUCCGAAUCAGGCAGAAUUAUUAAUUGGUGAUCAAGAUGGAACGAUUUAUCGGUGGGAUAUGGCCGGUGAUAAGAAUGAAAAACAUACAAUUGACGCAAAUAAUCCGAGUGCGAUUCGAUCAAUUUCUAUUAAUCGUGAUGCAUCGAUGAUGGCUGCAGUAACCAGUAAUGGUGAUUGUCAAAUUUGGUCAAUGACUGGAUUUAGUCAAACUCAUCUUAUACGUCGUACGAAUUUUCUUGCUCACAAACGUUAUGCAUUGAAAUGUUUAUUUUCGCCUGAUAUGACUUUACUAGCAACAACAUCAGCAGAUGGUACAGCAAAAAUCUGGCGUACUUCAGAUUUAUCAUGUCAGUAUGAAUUAAAACAUGAUAAAUUAACAAAUUGGGUAUGGGAUUGUGCAUUCACAUCAGAUUCACUUUUUGUUGUAACAGUAUGUUCGGAUGGAAAGGCACGUUUGUGGUCAACGGAAACAGGCGAUAUCACUAAGGAAUAUAUUGGACAUCAAAAACCUGCUACUUGUCUCGCAUCUCAUUCCAUUCUGUCUCUUUAUUUAACUAACAAUAUGGUGCAAACAAGUCCCACCCCAUUCGAUGUGGGUCGUGCAUUCGUUCAUCAAUAUUACACAUUAUUACAUCAAGCUCCUAAUCUACUUCAUCGAUUUUAUUCAACGGAUAGUACAUUUAUUCAUGGUGGUGUUGAUCGUCCAGGAUCUAUUGAACAACCAGCUGUUGGUCCGGAAAAUAUUGCUCGACGAAUAAAUGACCUUAAUUUACAAGAUUGUCAUGCAAAAAUUCGUCAAGUUGAUUCCCAUCCAACAAUCGGCAAUGGAGUUGUCGUUCAGGUAACCGGUGAAUUAUCAAAUAAUGGUGAUCCAAUGCGUCGUUUCAUGCAAACAUUUGUAUUGGCACCACGACAACCAAAAAAAUAUUACGUACAAAAUGAUAUCUUUCGUUAUCAAGAUGAAGUUUUUGAUGAUGGUUCAGAUGAAGAUGAUGGUUCAAGUUCACAAAUUUAUGGUGAUACGGAUAAGGUUUCAAAUGCAGAUUCAUCAGCUGCAGUUACACAACAACCAUUAGUGGUCCCACCUACAUCACGACCACCAAUUGAAGAACAACAACAACAACAUCAACCAUUACCACCCCGUAACACAGGUAAUCAACAACAGGUCAAUUCAAAUCAAACUGUUCGACAACAACAACAACAACAACAACAGCAACAAGAAACUCCUGUAAAUGGUCUUACUGAAUCAACUACAUUCAAUGGGCAACCAGAAACAAUACAAGAAAGUCAACAACAAACUAAACAACCAAUACCUGAAGGUACAUCGUAUGCUGGUAUUGCUAAAUUACAUUCAUCAACUGGUCCAACAUCGAAUGUUAAUUCAAUAAGUACAAUUCCAGUAGUAGCUCCAACACAACAAAUCAAUACAGCUCGUCCAUCAACAGCUGUUAAACCAACAUCUAAUCAACAACGAGGAGGUAGUGGUAAUUAUUAUCAACAAAAUAAUCGUGGUAAUCAGUGGAAUAAUGAUAAUCAUACUCCACAAGAUCCAAAUUCAACUCGUCGUUCAGGUCCAAAUACACCAGCAGCACCUAAUGAACAACAAGUUUUUGUUGGAUCAUUACCAGCAGAAUUUACUCAGGCAACUUUAAUUGAAUGUUUUUCACAAUAUGGUAAAGUUCUUGAUGCAAAAAUUCAUAGACCAACACAUGAUAAUAAAAAAAGUUUUGGUUUUGUUAUCUUUGAAGAUCCAGAGAUUGCAUCAAAAGUCGUUAAAAUGGAACAUGUUACUCAUGAAAAUGCUCGUUUAAAUGUUGAACCAAAAACACAAAAAGGUAGUUAUCAGGGAAAUGCAAACAAUGCAUCACAAGGAAAUGGUCGAAAUAAUUAUCAAAGAGGAGGUGGAGGAAUGAAUCGUGGAGGAAAUCGUGGACCAUAUCGCGGUAGUGGAAAUAAUCAACGACGUGGUGGUGGCGGUGGUCAAUAUCAUAAUAAUUCAUCAACAUUUACCGGAGGUGAUGAGAAUUAUAAAGUUCAACAACAACAACAACCACAACAACAACAACAGUAG